UAGUAUAAUCGAUCUUAAAUCUAAAAGCGCGAAUGCGUGAAAUCAACAUAAAGCUCACAUGAUGUACCAUAUUGUAGUUUCUUUUUGGUCUCACAUUUACUGUGGAAGUAGUUGAUAAAAUAUUUACAAUGGAAGAUAUGGAAGAAUCCCAUGUUGAAAAUAAACAUAAAAAUCUAGCUGAAUUAAGUAUUCGGUCUCACAGAGCUGCUGACCCUCCGAUAUGUAGUGAGUGCAAAGAGCUAGAUCUUUCAUUUUUUGAUCCAACUUGUCUAGGUUGUAGAGAUCUUUUAAAAAAGUAAGUAAAAACCCUCAUACCACAGUUGCAGAAAUUUUUGCAAUUAUUCGACAAUGGGUUCCUCAAACACAACAAAACAUUGACAUAUUAGUGGAAGAGAUUCUUAAUCGUGGUAUAAACAUCAAUGAUCGAGAUGGUUUAACAGAUAUGAACUUAUUACAUUAUGUUGCAAAGUCUGGAGCUAUUGGCAUGGGUGAUAUCAAAGUCUCUUCAAAAGUGGCACGUAUGCUUAUCGAUAAAAGAAUUGAUGUGAAUGCAAAAUGUCGUUGGACAGAUAUGACACCAUUGCACUUAGCAGUUUACUUUGACAUUGAAGAAGUUGUCAAAAUACUGCUUGAAGCAUCAAGUUCCUAUGAUAUUGAUUGUAGAUGCAAAGAGUUUGAUAAUGGCACAGCACUUCAUAUUGGAUGCAUGAAUCUGUCUGCUAAAUCAGUUAAAAUUCUUCUAGAGUAUGGUUCUUCACCUUAUGCCCAAAAUUCUCUUGGCAAAUUACCAAUUCAAUGCAUACCAAAUGUUGAGUUAAGUGAAAACAAUUCAGAAGCAGAACAUUUAGCAUUAGCUUUAAAAAAUGAGUUAACUACAGCAAUGAAAGAUACUGAUCCUAAUAUUGAAAAACAGAAAUUAAAUUUAGCUACCCUUCAUGCACUUGGGUUAGAAAUGCAUGAAAAAGUAACUGUUGCUGGAAAAGUUGGCAUUCUGCGAUAUUGUGGUUCAACAAACUUUGCUUCAGGCCAAUGGGCUGGAAUAGAAUUAGAUAAACCUUUAGGUAAAAAUGAUGGUUCCAUCAAUGGGUUUCGUUACUUUAGCUGUCCACCAGACCAUGGUAUUUUUGCUCCGCUAACUCGUGUAAACAAGUAUAAUAAAAAUUGUGUUGCUCGCUUCUCUCUACCAGAUAGUUCAUCUUCAGUUUCUACUGAUAUUCAAUUAGGAGAUCGUGUUAUUGUUGCAGGGAAAAACAUUGGUCAUGCUAGAUAUAUAGGUCCUACAGAAUUUGCUUCUGGCUCUUGGAUUGGUGUAGAACUUAUUGAUCCUGUUGGAAAGAAUAAUGGUACUGUGGCUGGUACUCAAUAUUUUCAAUGUGAACCUAAGCAUGGUGUAUUUGCUCCAAGGAGUAAAGUUCAGCUAGCAAAUUUCAAUAUCAGUGAAGAUUUAGAUUUAAAUGAAGAUAGCUUAACUGAGAGCCCAAGAACAACAAUCAAAAAAUCUUCACCCAAAUUAAAUUCAAUGUUACCAAAGCCUAAAGUUGCAAAUCUUGACAGGACAUUGGGUGUUCAGUUGAACUUCACACUUACGGUGGGAAUGAGUGUUUUUGUUAACAAUGAAAUGGGAGUUGUCCGAUUCAUUGGACGUGUAGACUUUGCAGAUGACAUAUGGUUAGGUGUUGAAUUGCGUAAACCAAAUGGUAAGAAUGACGGUACCGUGGAAGGGAAAAAGUAUUUUUCUUGCAAACCACUACAUGGUUUGAUGGUUCGUCCAUCUAAAGCAACAUGCCGUGGUAUAAAUUGUGCUCAGCUUAUAGACCUUAAGUUCCGAUAACUUAACCAAAUCCGAGAAUUACUUGAUUGAGAAUUUUAAUCGAUAAACGAGAUAUCACCGAGGAUUUUAACCGAUAAACUAAUCUCGAUUUGUGUGUGUGUGUGUGUGUAUGAUUUUAGAAAAAUUGUACACUUAAUUUUAAUAUGAUAUAAUGUAAAACAUUAUUUUGA